AUGUCAAGGUCGACGACUCCUGCGCUACCUCUGCACAAUGCACACACCGAGUCUUCGCGUCCAUUGUCCGCUAAUCCUCUAGGUGCGCGACUGGAUGCACCUUCUUCGACAUCGACCUCUACAUACUCAUGGCUCGAGCCUCAUGAAACCGCCGAGCGUCUACAAACUUCCUUGCAGCAUGGUUUAACGCCUGCUCAGGCCGAGAUUCGCCUUGCACGCGAUGGCCCCAACGAACUUCCCCACGAGGAGCCGGAACCCCUUUGGCUGCGAUUUCUCAAGCAAUUCAAGGAGACCCUCAUUUUACUCCUUCUCGCAUCGGCUGGAAUCUCCUUUUUGAUGGGUAACCUUGACGACGCCCUGAGCAUUACACUUGCGGUCACAAUUGUGGUGUCGGUUGGCUUUGUUCAGGAAUACCGGUCGGAGAAGUCGCUCGAGGCGCUGAGUCAAAACGCUCCUCUGGCGGGGCUUGGGGAGGAGUUGGCAGAUCUCAGGAGCAAGAGCCCGGGCACACCUUCAUCUGCGAUGAAGGCGUCCACAACUGUUCCUGCAGCUGACCUUGUCCCUGGUGACAUGGUUCUCUUCGCUACAGGUGACCGUAUCCCUGCCGACAUUCGGAUCACUUCUGCCACGGAUCUUUCAAUUGACGAAUCGAACCUGACUGGUGAGAACGAACCGGUGGUCAAGUUUUCUGCUGCCCUUCGCAGUCAUGGCGGGAAAGUCCAUGCUCUGAGAGGUACCACCCCUCCUCGAUCUCCGUUCUAUGAUGCUCCAGCUACUGGCGCCGUUGGUGCCGAUAUUCGGCUGAAUGAACAACACAACAUUGCUUUUAUGGGAACUCUGGUUCGUUCAGGCUAUGGUCAGGGAAAUCGAGAGUCCCGGACUCCGUUGCAGCUGUCCAUGGAUCGCCUGGGCCAAGAAUUGAGUUGGGUCUCAUUCGGUGUCAUUGGUUUGAUCAUGUUUAUUGGUCUCCUGCAAGGCCGUAAAGUCCUAGAAAUGUUUACAAUUAGCGUUUCUCUUGCUGUUGCAGCUAUCCCAGAAGGAUUGCCUAUCAUUGUGACCGUCACUCUCGCUCUUGGUGUGCUCACUAUGGCCAAGAGAGGGGCAAUCAUGCGCAGACUCCCCAGUGUCGAAACACUUGGCUCCGUCAAUGUUGUUUGCAGUGACAAGACUGGAACACUCACGCUCAACCAUAUGACGAUCACCAAGAUGUGGCAUUUUGACAGCACCGAGCCUUUUGAGGUUCACCGGGAUAUGACUGGCGUACUCUCACCUGGCCCUGCAGCUCGGACUAUCCUCCGCGUUGGAAAUAUUGCAAACAAUUCUCGACUCUCCCGCACGCACGCCAACUCACCAGCGACUGCCUCCUCCGCUGCAAUUCUCUCCUCGACCGUUGACCGAAACUCCACUGCUGUGAAGAGCCGUUGGGUGGGCCAGCCCACCGAUGUUGCCAUCUUGGACCUCCUUGAUACUUUGGGCGAGGAUGAUGUCCGCGAACGCAUUAGUGGUCGUGUUUCUGAGACUCCCUUUAGCUCUGAGCGGAAAUGGAUGGGUGUCAUCAUUGGUAGUGGUAGCCCUGGUGAUUCUAAUGUGGCAUAUAUCAAGGGCGCUCUUGAACAGGUUCUCGCUCGCUCUGACACUUAUUUGACCAAGGAUGGUCGUGAGGUAAUCUUGGACGAGCCCAGACGGCAGAUGAUCCGGGAAGCUGCCGAGAAAAUGGCAAGGGAGGGUCUCCGAGUGCUCGCCUUUGCUAGCGGUGCAGUCCGAGACUCGUCUAGAGGCAUGCGAGGAUUUGGCAGUCGUUCUGGAACUCCUACUUCCAGCUCCAGCAGCCCUUCCAAUGAUGACGAUCGUUAUAAUGGAUUGGUUUUCGCCGGACUGGUGGGCAUGAACGAUCCCCCUCGCAGGGACGUCCACAAGUCUAUUCGACGUUUGAUGUCUGGUGGAGUCCGUGUCAUUAUGAUCACGGGUGAUGCUGAGACAACCGCCGUAGCUAUCGCCAAGAAGCUUGGUAUGCCCGUCAGCGAGGCGCCAGGUUCACGCUCCGUUAUUAGCGGUAGAGAACUCGAUCACAUGAGUACUGCCGAGCUGUCCCAGGCCAUUUCAACCACGUCGAUCUUUGCUCGCACGAGUCCGGACCAUAAGAUGAAGAUUGUCAAGGCCCUCCAGGCUCGUGGAGAUGUUGUGGCUAUGACUGGUGACGGUGUCAAUGAUGCACCAGCCCUCAAGAAGGCCGAUAUUGGCAUCUCCAUGGGCAAGCUGGGUACCGAUGUUGCCAAGGAGGCAGCAGACAUGAUUCUGACUGAUGACGACUUUUCGACUAUUCUGCGCGCAAUCGAGCAGGGCAAGGGAAUCUUCUACAACAUCCAGAACUUCGUCACAUUCCAACUGAGUACCAGUGUGGCUGCGCUCAGUCUUGUACUGGUCAGCACCACCCUGGGCUUCGAGAAUCCGCUGAAUGCCAUGCAGAUUCUGUGGAUCAACAUUCUCAUGGACGGCCCACCUGCCCAAUCUCUGGGCGUCGAACCCGUCGACCCCUCCAUCAUGAACCGCCCGCCCCGUCCCAAGACCGCCCGCGUCCUCACAAGACCUCUCGUGCAACGAGUCCUCACCUCGGCUCUGGUCAUCAUGCUCGGUACACUAGCAGUGUAUAUCCACGAGAUGGGCGAAAUGGACGACGGUACACCUCUGGGCAAACGAACCCGCGUCGUCACAGCCCAUGACACAACAAUGACAUUCACCUGCUUCGUCCUCUUCGACAUGUUCAACGCGCUAACGUGCCGCAGCGAGGGCAAGUCCAUCCUGCGCGGUGAAAUCUCGCUCUUCGGAAACAAGAUGUUCAACUACUGUGUCCUUGGCUCCUUGGCCGGCCAAGCCUGUGUCAUCUACCUACCUUUCCUCCAGCGCGUCUUCCAGACUGAGCCGUUGAGCUUAAGCUCGCUUUUGAAGCUGUUCCUACUUGCUAGCUCUGUCUUCUGGGUUGAUGAGGGUCGCAAGUAUCUGAAUGCGCUUCGUCGCCAACGUGGUCUGGGAGCUGGGUACAGUGUUAAUGUCUGA